AUGGCGAAUUCCACGUCCAAUGUGUGGACGCAGAUGAACUACGUCCCCCCUCGCGGACAAUGUAAUCACAAGGCUUCGAUAAUAGCAGCAAAAUGCCCGUGUUUGCGCUUCAUGUUGCAUCCUCUCAAAUCCUCGUCUUCCUACGAAUGCGACGGCUGCGCCCAUCAUGCCUCUUUUCAUAGCAUGGAGAACAAAGUCGAAGACGAGAUUCGCAAGCGCUGGGAGCAGGAGGCCAAGGAUAAAGCAGAUAAAGAGGAGGAUAUACAACAGCGACCGAAGAAGCGAGUACGUGCUAUUGAGUACAGUGUCCGCAACAGUGACACUUUUGCAGACGACGAUCUUGACGCGGCGCUGGAGGCAAUGUCACGCAACACCAGGUCCACGGGAAGAACUCGUGGAGGAGGAGCGCGAAACCCUGGACGGGCUGCAGGUACCAAGGCGAGGAACAAAGUCGCUGAGGUCGUGGAAGAUGAUGACGGCUUUGUUGAGUUGGACUGA